ACUCGGUGCCCGCUGUCCUGCCAGAUGACUUGGUGCCCGCUGUCCUGCCAGAUGACUCGGUGCCCGCUGUCCUGCCAGAUGACUUGGUGCCCGCUGUCCUGCCAGAUGACUUGGUGCCCGCUGUCGAGCCAGAUGACUCGGUGCCCGCUGUCGGGCCAGAUGACUCGGUGCCCGCUGUCGUGCCAGAUGACUCGGUGUGCCCGCUGUCCUGCCAGAUGACUCGGUGCCCGCUGUCGAGCUUGAUGACUCGGUGCCUGCUGUCGAGCUUGGUGACUCGGUGCCCGCUGUCGAGCUUGGUGACCUGGUGCCCGCUGUUCUGCCCGAUGACUCGGUGCCCGCUGCCUCGCCUGAUGGCCGGUGCCCACUGCCCAGCCUGAUGUGCUUCUGUCCGCUGCCCAGCCUGAUGUGCCUCUGUCCGCUGCCCAGCCUGAUGUGUCUCUGUCUGC